UUACACGGACCGCUAUAACGGCCGGACAGUUUUGAUCACUCCGGAAGUUGAAAGUGUGUCGUUGUCCACAUUAUUCUCGUGUGAUUUUAAGCAGCCUCCACAUUUUCUCUCAGUAGAGCAUUGGUUUCCUGUUGAAAUAACUGUUCCGAGUAUACAAUGUCAGACAACGAAGACAACUUCGACGACGGAGACUUUGACGAUGGGGAAGAAGAUGAGGGAUUAGAUGACCUGGAGAACGCAGAGGAUGAGGACCAGGAGAAUGUGCAGAUUUUACCAGCUGGGCAAGGACAUGGGGCUAAUUUGAAAAGAAUUACCACAGCUUACAUGACCAAAUAUGAGCGAGCAAGAGUCUUAGGAACCCGCGCCCUGCAGAUUGCUAUGUGUGCCCCAGUCAUGGUGGAGCUGGAAGGGGAAACAGACCCCCUUCAGAUUGCCAUGAAGGAGCUGAAGAGCAGAAAGAUUCCAAUUAUCAUCAGGAGGUACCUGCCUGACGGCAGCUAUGAGGACUGGGGCUGUGAUGAACUCAUUAUAACAGACUGAGCUGACCUGAACUGAGGCUGAACAGCAAACCCGCACCCAAAAGAAUUAGAGACAGAUCCUCAGAACCCUGAACUGCUGUUGUUAAGAAACAAGUAUGGAAAAGAGGCAUAGAUUCACAUGUUACCUCCUUCUAUUUCUAUAAGCUGAGGUCCCAGGGACCACACAAAUGCUCUUGUUUGGGGAGGCUUCUCAAUCAGUCAUCAGUGCUGAGUCUAACCCUCAGCUUUCCAUCUGGAACGUUCUGUUGCAUGUCCCCCUCUUCUCCACUAGGUGGACUUCAGAAUACGGAGAAAAGUAUGACUAGCGAAGUGUUGAAUAGUUUUGAGUUUUCUUUUAUUCCUUAUAUUUUAAGUGGUUAUUAAAAGAUUUUUGUAAGCAAA